UUUGUUGUAUGAAGGGCUGGCAAAACUUGUAGAAGAAACUGUCAGCUUUGAACAUGCCUUAUCUCCACAUAAGCCAAUUUAUUUGGUUGGGGAUUCCUUUGGAGGAUGCCUAGCACUUGCUGUUGCUUCUCGUAAUCCUGCCAUUGACCUAGUUCUGAUAUUAUCAAAUCCAGCAACAUCAUUUGGCAGGUCUCAGCUGCAACCAUUGUUUCCUAUCUUGGAGGCUAUGCCUGAUGGACUCCAUAGUGUAGUUCCCUAUCUUCUUAGCUCUAUCAUGGGUGAUCCAGUGAAGAUGGCUGCAGUCAAUAUUGAAAGCAGUUUUCCUCCUGGGCAAAGAUUUGAGAGGCUGUCUCGCAGCCUCAUUGGGUUGUUACCAUAUCUUUCUGGUUUUGAUGAUAUUAUACCAAGGGACACUCUUCUUUGGAAGCUGAAGCUGCUUAAAUCAGCUGCUGCUUAUGCCAAUUCCCGUCUCCAUGCUGUUAAAGCCGAAGUUCUUGUCUUGGCUAGUGGCAAGGAUAACAUGCUUCCUAGUAGAGAUGAAGCUGAACGACUUAAGAACUCAUUACAAGAUUGUGUUGUUCGUCACUUCAAGGACAAUGGGCAUACCCUUUUAUUGGAAGAUGGAAUUGGUUUAAUGACAGUUAUUAAGGGUACUAGCAAAUUUCGUCGUUCAAGGAGGCAUUCUUAUGCCUCAGAUUUUUUUCCUCCUAGUAUGACUAAACUCAACUAUGCCUGUGCUCAAAUAAUCAGGUAAUUCAUUGGAGCAUGC